AUGCAAAUUGAUCAAGACUGGGUGUGUGUUCUCGACAGCCUAAACGACAAGGGCCACAAUACUGUCUAUUCCGACUGGCUGCAACAGACCAAGAUCGAGAGUCCGUUAGCUUCAACUCCUCUCAUAGACACCAUUGGUACUGGUUCAGACUUCACAAUCUUCCAACAUCAUUUAGGAAUACCUUCUACAGAUUUGGUAUUCAGCGAGGGACAGAAGAACGCCGUUUUUCAGUAUCAAUCCAAAUAUGAUUCACAUCUUUGGAUGGAGAAAUUCGGCGACCCCGAAUUCCGAAAUCACAAGGCCAUGGCUGAGUUAUGGGGUCUGUUGGCUUUUCGAUUUGCGUUACAGGCUGUCCUGGCAUUCUCAGCGAGGCGUUAUGCUAAGAGCUUACGCGAAGGGUGCUCUAGUCUUCAAUUCUCAUCUAAUAUCAGUGGCAAGGAAUUGAGUCGAGCUAUUGACACAACGAUUAAGACUAUCAUGAAUGUUACAAAGCGCAUGAAAAUAGGAAUAUGA